AUGGGAAAUGGCAUGAACAAGGUGAUGCCCGGGUUGUACAUUGGCAACUAUCGGGACUCGAAAGACUACCAGCAGCUGGACCGCUACAACAUAACCCACAUCGUAUCCAUCCACGACAGUCCAAGGCGUUUUCACCCGGAUAAGCACUAUCUGUGUGUGAUUGCCGCCGACAAACCGGACCAAAACCUUUCCCAGUACUUCUCGGUGUGCAACGAUUUCAUCCACUCGGCACGCCUCAAGGAGGGUAACGUGCUGAUCCACUGUCUCGCCGGUAUGUCCCGCUCGGUGACGGUGGCCGUCGCCUACAUUAUGGCCUCGACGCCGCUCAACUGGAAGGAGGCACUGAAGGUCGUACGUGCUGGCCGCUCGAUCGCCAAUCCCAACCUGGGGUUCCAGAAUCAGCUGCAAGAUUUCGAAACGAACAAACUGCUUGAGGAAAGGAAGCGACUCAAGGAACGUUUUCCCAGCCUGGCCCUGGAAGCUACGGACAAGGAGCAGUGCUACCGGUCGCUAGACUACUACGAGGAGCUCCUGGAGAGCAAGGGUGUCUGCGAGGGCCACUGCAAGUUUGGCAAAGACUGCCCGACCGGAAUCUGCCGGACGGAUUCCCGCGGAAGCAGCCGUCCCCGGAAGGCGAGCGUGUCCUCGAAGAAGCAGUACAACUCCUCCCUCUCGACGUCACCGUCCACGUCGUCGCAGCUGUCCGUGCGCAGCGUUGGUCCACCGGGCGGGGCCCAAUCCUGCCCGACGUCUCCACGCUGUUCCGCGAAGGCUUCCGGUGGCCAGCGACAGAGUGGCGGUGGCGGUGGCGCUGGUCGCCAUUCGGACAACCCACGGGCGGCCGGUGAGCAUGCGGCGGAAAUUGACAUCGGAGAACUGUCGGAGCUGCGGCGCAGCAGUAGCAUCGUUAGUACGUACCGACCACGCAGUGGUCCGUCCGGACUCUACUCCUACACCGGAUCCGCUCCACCAUCCAUCCACGGAUCGAGGGUUGAUCUGAGUGGUGGCGUUACCGGCGGUACCGGAUCAGCCAUCUAUCUCGGCUCGUCCGGAGGCACGAGUGGUGGUUCAUCUGGCGGAGGAGGUGGUUCAUCGACCUCGCCCGGUCCCUGCCGGCGGUUAAGUAUGCGCUCCACACCCAAAUCAACCCCCCGAUCGACUCCCGAAUCGUCCCCGAAAGCGUCGCCGAAGAAAAGUGCUACCUGCGGGAAGUUGACUAGCCUUGACGCGAGCGGUGGGUCACCGAAGAAAUCUACACCGGCCAGUGGAGGCAGAAAGGGGUCCACUGCGGGUACGGGUGCUCCAGCCAACUCCACAACGACGACGACCGUCAAGAAGGAGACGAGCGCGUCGCCGAAACUAACCUCAAAAACCACCGUCCCAAAGUGUACCAAUUCGGUUACGAGUACUACUACUGUUAGUAGCACUACCACCACUAGUAGCAGUGCAUCCAGCAGAACCACGGCUCGCGCACCCUCCAUUGUGAUAGACGAUAGCACGGAUGUGACGACCAUUGUCAGCAAGGAAGAGGUGCACAUAAGUUCCAAGACUAACAACAGCACAACCAACAACGCCCGUCAAACGGGCACUAGUAAUAACGUCACCAGUAAAGCCGUUCAAAAAGGGUUGUAGAAACCAUUACGACGGCACGCAGGUGGGGUUGCGUGCGAAACAAUAAACUUUGUUAUAGUAUUUGCAAAUGGUUUGGCUCCAAG